AUGACGCUGUCAGUGUCGGAGCAAUGCCGCUCCUGUCUCAUCAACCUGCAGGAAAUCAUCUCCAUUCUGUCCCAGCCGGAUCGCAAUGAUGGGCAUAUCAAAGAUACCCAAGUUGUUGAGGAGCUGGAAAGAUUCAGUCUCUUUGUUGGGAACAUCGGAGCUCUUCAUCGACCCGAGUCGUCCAUGUCCAUCGAGUCACGAUUACACGAAGCUAACGGUGUGCUCACUCACGUGUCGGGCCUCUUAGGCGACUUGGACGAAGUCGUUGCAGAGCUGCUGGACAUCGUUUCUGGGAAGAGAGAAGGCAUGGUCUCUGUUACUGAUAAGGCUGAAAAAGAACAUGAUGGGGAGAUCAGCGAAGUGGGAGAGCUUCGAGAGGAGAUUAGUGGGACCAUCACUCAACUCUUUAGAAUGUCGAUCCUCAUCCGGCAGGCAGCACCUACCGACCUUUUCGCGAAAGCUCUCAGCCGCAACCGAUAUCGCUUCAACGAUCAGUUCGACAUUGCUCACGUUGGUGAGAAGUAUCCUAAGCUUGCCACAGAUGAUUACUCGUGGCUUCGUCAACGUCUUGGACGAGCUAUCACGCAAAGACGGCAUUACCUCAACUACAUGCAGGAUCACCGUGAGAGACUAGAAGGAAUACUCCACGAGAAGGCGGAUAACUCGGCCGUCAACUCUCAAGCUCUUGUCAUCAAGCAGCCACUCGAUUCAAAGCCAACGCUUGGUCCAGCGAGCCGCCCUUCCUUGUUCACCAAAGCAACUACUGUUACCCCCGAACAAAUCACACCUCAAAUGCUUGUUGCCGAAGAUUCAAACCCAGAGGAAGAUGCCCUUUCGUACACGACAAUCUCUCACUCGGUCGAUAGCGAUCAUGAGCUAUUUACUACCAUUCGCAUACCGAAACUUGACGACUUGCGCAUCGGUAACAAAAGGGAGAUAGAAUGCCCCUUUUGCUUUCGGAUUAAAAGGUUCAAGAGCGAACGUACCUGGAGAAAGCAUGUCUUUUCUGAUCUUCGUUCUUAUGUAUGCACGUUUCCAGACUGCGAUGCACCAUAUUUUGGGGAUAUCAACAAGUGGUUUCAACACGAGAUGACAUUCCACCGCGUAGUUUACAAAUGCUUCCUCUGCCUGAACAGAGUCUUCUAUCGCAAGGAGGAAUACCUUUCUCAUCUGAGGCGGAAACAUACGGACGUUCUGGAUAACAACGAGCAGCAGCUAGGAAUAGAUCUCGCUCGAAAGCCGCUUGCUCAAAUCCUAGCAAAUGAUUGCCCUUGCUGCUCAGACUGGGCUGAUUCUUUAAGAGAGCGAACAACCCACACGAGAGAAUCAGUACCCAAUGAUAUUCUGGCCGUUGUUCCGACGGUCUUCAAACGUCACCUCGCUAAUCAUCUCGAGCAGCUCGCACUCUUCGCUGUGCCUAUUGGUGCUGCAACUGAUGACGAUAACAACUCGGAUCCUGCCAUUGAG